AUGGCAGAUAACAAUGAGAUUCCACCACCCGUGGUGAGGUUUGGCGACACUCUGAGAUCGGGAAUUGAGUACCCAGGGGAGUGUGCCUACGCAAAUGACAACGUCAACAUUCCACCUCACUACAUCAGUUUGGUGAAUGGAGGAAAUCUUUUCCAUGGACGGGAUGAUGAAGAUCCGGUGAGUCAUUUGAAUGCCUUCUACGAGCUGACAAAUUCUCAUAGACCUCCAAAUGUGGAGCAUCAUCGGAUUAAGAGGGCCUUAUUUCCAUUCUCAUUGAGGGAGAAGGCAAGAGCGUGGUAUGACUCACUCCCGGGCUACAACAUAGCAACGUUCCAAGAGUUGAAGACGUUGUUCCUCUUCGAAUACAAUUCUCCUAUGAAGAUUGAGAAGUUGAGAGAGGAGAUCACCUCUUUCCGACAGAAGUAUGACGAGUCCUUCGCGGAAGCAUGGAAGAGAUUCACGGAAUUGAUAAGGAAAUGCCCAAGUCACGGACUAGCUCCGGGGCAUGACCUUUUGAAAUUCUACAAGGGACUCAACAGUGAAGGCACGGGAUUGGUGACUGCAGGUUCGAAUGGGAACCUAGAUGAUCUAACUCACGAUGAGGUGAGGGCUUUGUUUCAAAGGCUGGCCAACAAUCAACGGAAUUGGCACAAUCCAAGGCGAGGGGCUGAUAGAGCAGGAGAUACAUUUGGUGCUACAAAGGAUGCGGAAAGAGUGACCGCAAUUGAGGCUCAACUGGCGGACAUUAGCACUCAAAUGUCGUCGAUGACAAAGGCAGUUAAAUCUCUUCAACUGACUCCUCAACCCCAAGCUGUGACGGUGAUGAGAUGUGGGUUGUGCCAAGGCGGGCAUCAUACUGAUCAGUGCCCAAGUCUUCAAGGACCACCUGUGGAAGAUGUGAACUAUAUUGGCAACAAUCGCCAAGGGUUCAAUCAGGGCAACCAAUACAACAAUCAGCAAAAUUGGAGGCCUCAACAAACAGGAUGGAAUCAGGCUGGUCCUAGCAACAACUCGGGAAAUCAAUGGAGGAACAACACUCAACCGCCGGGUUAUGAGAAGAAGCCAACCGUCGAGGAUCAGUUGGGGCAGAUUCUCUCUUUCAUGACUAAGAGUCAAAAGGAGAACGAAAAUUUCAAGGAAAGGACGGUGGAAAAGUUUGGGCAGAUGGAUGCGACAAUGAGGAAUCUUGAGACGCAGAUAGGGCAGCUUGCCACGGCAUCACACACGAGGAUUCCUAACACCAUCCCGAGCAAUACCGUACCUAAUCCGAGAGGCAAUGAACAGUGUAAGGCAGUGGUCUUGAGAAGUGGUCGUGAGUUGGAUUCGACACCAUCAAUGGACGGCCAAGAAAAGAAGGGAAAGCAGAAAGUAGAGAUGGGAUCAAAGGGACAGCUGAUGACAUGUCCGGCAUUAGACCCGAAAAGCAAGUUCAACUUCCCUGAUCACAUUCCUCCUCCACCAUAUCCACCGAAGAGGAAGAAGAGAGCUCCAAAGGAGAAAAGCUUCGAGUGGAUGAUGAACGUGAUUCGAAAAGUGAAUGUGGAUGUAUCGUUGGUGGACCUCUUCACUAAUUUCCCCAAGUUCUCCAAGUUCUUCAAGGACAUGAUGGCAAACAAGGAGAAACUUCAGGACGAGGGAAUAGUGGCAUUGAGCAUGAAUUGCUCACAACUGAUUUCGGGAAUGAUGCCCAUGAAGAAGAGGGAUCCGGGAAGUUGUGUGAUUCCUUGUGAGAUAGGCAACACAAUUUUCACCAAAUGUCUAUUGGAUCAAGGAUCGGGGAUCUCACUGAUGGCGUUGAAAACAGCACGUGCCAUUGGACUGGAGAACAGAAUGGAGCCCAUCGACAUUGCUCUACAAUUGGCUGAUCACUCCAUUGUGAAGCCCACAGGAAUAGUAGAGCAUGUCUUGGUCAAGGUAGAUAAGUUCGUCAUCCCCGUUGAUUUCAUAGUAUUGGAUAUGCCUGAGGACAAAGAGGUGCCAAUUCUGUUUGGCAGACCGUUUCUUGCCACAGGGGACGUGUUGCUAGGAGCAAAGGACAACUCAGUCACGUUUAGAAUUAAUGGUGAGCAAGUGACCAUUAAUGUGGAGAAAGCGAUGAAGCAUCCUAGUGAUGCAAAAGCGUGCUUUAGAGUUGAUGUCCUCGACAAGUGUAUCUUUGACAAGAUGCGUUGCUCGGCAAGUAUAGAAGGAAGCGUUUAUGAUAAGGGGAGCUUGGAAAGAGACUUUGGUUCGACAAUUAAAGUUGAUUUUGAUUUUGAUGAAAGUGAGGAUGCUCAAAUUGAUCAACCAAGUCUCGAGAAUGAAUGUGUGGUGGAUACUUUCGUGGCGGAUGUGCAGCCUUCAAUUGAAGUACCACCAAAGCUAGAAUUGAAGCCACUCCCGACAAAUCUGAAAUACGCAUUCCUUGGUGAGAAUGAAUCUUUACCGGUUGUGAUAUCGGCGAUGUUGAAUGAUGAAGAAGAAUUGAAGUUGAUAGAGCUACUGAAGUCACACAAGAAAGCUCUAGGUUGGUCCAUUGCCGACAUCAAAGGAAUUAGCCCCGCAAUAUGCAUGCAUAAAAUCUUGAUGGAAGAUUGA